AUGAGCCCGUCCGUACGAGAGAUCAACGGCCCCCGCUCCGCCCCUCUCAAGAUCCACAAGGACUCCCAGCUCAUCCACAAGUCUCCCUCGUCCUCCGCGGCCACCGGCGCCCGUUGCCAGCGCAACCAUCCCGUCGUCAUCUACACUCAUUCGCCCAAGGUCAUCCACACGCAGGCCAGCGACUUCAUGGCGCUCGUCCAGAAGCUCACCGGUCGAUCCCAGUCCCCCGAGGACGACAACGGAACCAACGGCUCCGCUCCACCGCAAGACGUUUCACGUGAAGAUGACGCCGCCGUGUCCAGUGAUUCAUCUUCCUGGUUCAUAAGCUCCUCGUUGUCAUCUGCCACGACGAUGUCUUGGGCGGGGUUCGACACUGUGCCACCACCGAACCUGUCGUCGGCGGAGACACCGAUGCUGUUGACGCCCGGCUUCCCGAGCGCAUUCUUUGGAUGCAUGGAUGCUAGUGGGGCAGUGUCGCCUUCUGUCGUCGAAGCGAUGAGUAUUGACAGCUUUGGAGGGAGACGGCGUCCCCGAGAGUGA